AUGACGACCCCCUCAGCGUCCUUCCCGCGAAGUACGCCCCCCUCCCUCCUCAUCCUCAUUCUCGACAUCCACCCCCUCUCCUGGUCCCUCCUCUCCUCUAUAGAACCGCCCGACCCCCUCGACUCGCCCCCACCUAUCGCCCCUGCAGAACAUCAUUAUCUCCUCGCCCGAGCGCCUAUCGGCCCCAUAACACUCCCGGACUUUCUCAAUGUCCUGCUGGUCUUCCUGAAUUCGCACCUCGCGAGCAGGUGGGGUAAUCGAGUGGUCGUUUUUGCGGCGAGCGCGGGCAAGUCCAAGUUGCUCUAUCCUACAGCGGGGGGAUAUGAUGGGGAAGAAGGACCGAAGGAGCGGCCGAAUGUGUAUAGUCCGUUUGGGAUGCUGGAUCAAGGGCUGGAGAGGGGACUGAAGGAUAUGAUUGCGGAGGAAGAGACUAGGAUGGAUGAUCAGGAUGGAGAGGGAUUGAAUGACCCACCCGCAAUCGUCUCAGCAAUGACCAAGGCUCUAUGCUACAUCAACCGUCACUCCCCUCCGCCCUCCUCUGAAUCCACCGCCCCGACAAACGAGACACGUAUCCUGGUCAUCAACGCCACGCCCGGCGCCGGCUCCAAUUCCAGCGACAACUCGUCAAGCACCAAAUCAGGCGGAGGAGGGAUGCGGGGCGGCUAUGUCGGGCUGAUGAACUGCGUCUUUGCGGCUCAAAAGGCAAAGAUCCCAAUUGAUGUAUUGACGUUACCGCCAGCGUCGACGGGGACGGAGGCCCCAAUCUUUCUUCAGCAAGCAAGCCAUCUGACAGAAGGGGUGUACUGGCGCUGGAAUGGUCGGGGAGGGCUGUUGCAAUAUCUUCAUACAAUCUACCUCGCCCCACCUGCCCUGCGGCAGACACCCUUCUCCCAGCCGCCGCAGGAUGCGGUAGACUUCCGUGCGGUCUGUUUCUGCCACCAUGACGUCGUAGACGUCGGCUUCGUCUGCAGCGUGUGCCUCAGUAUCUUCUGCAAGCCGCUCCCAGUCUGUCAGAUGUGCAAGUAA